AUACCGUUAUCAUAGGACUGCACGACUGCAACAUCCUUGGCGCGGGCGUGUGCGCGCGCGCAGCGCACUCUUAUCAGUGGACCGAGAUACUUUCUCCACUGGUAUAAAAGUCACUCUGAGCUCCAGCCGGCAACUGCUGCGAAGGAUACAGAAACAGACGUGAAAAUGGCUGAGGACAUUGAGACCAAAAUAAAGAAUUAUCGCACCGCUCCCUUUGAUGCCAGAUUCCCAAACUCGAACCAGACCAGGAACUGCUGGUCUAACUACCUGGACUACUACCGCUGCCAGAAAGCUCUGGAAGCUAAAGGGGUGGACGUUCUCCCCUGUGACUGGUACAAGAGGGUCUUCACAUCAAUCUGUCCCUUAUCCUGGGUGCAGAAAUGGGAUGACCAAAGAGAAGAUGGGACAUUCCCUGGAAAAAUCUAACACUGCCACUUCAAAGCCUGUAAUUCACUGCAAGGAUGUAAUCUUCUCAGCUACAUGUUUGUAGAAGAAACCACUGAUAUAACUGAAUGAUCAUUCCAUACCUGUACUAUGAAAUGUAAAACAGAUUCUGCAUUAAAGUAUCUCAGGAUAU